GUUAAACAGCUGGAUUCUCCGAGCGUCUCGUGGCGACGGUACAGCGGGAUGACCCGCAUGUGUGAGGGGAUCGAUCCUGUGCAGCUCCGGGAGAAAACAGUGGACUUCAACACAGAGCAGAACGGGGAGCUGGAGCGAAGAGUCUGAGCAACAGGAAUCCGGCGAGGAGCAGCUCUGAGGCGGCAGAGGUGUGGAGCACAGGUCGGCCUGCUUCAAUUCAUCCAGGGGAAAAAACUUGGCAGCUGACGGAGGCAGAAGGUGAAUGAUCCUGACCCAUCUCCGCUCAUUCAACCAGCCAAGGGGACACAUCUGUCCUACAUGUGUCCCAUCCGCCAUCCUCCGCCCUCAGGAACAUGAACCAAUGCAGGCGUCAGUCACACUCAUUUAAAUGUUAGAACCACUUGAGCAGAUAUCACUCGGCUGGCCGAAGAGGAAGAAGAAGAAAGGGACGGUUAAAGGUGCAGGAAGAUGUCUGUGUGGAUGAUACUGCCUGUGAGCCUCCCAGCUCUGACCAUCACUGGGAUAUGGGUUGUGUAUGCCAUGGCACUGUACAACCAGCACGUCUGCCCGGUGGAUAACUGGUUGUACAACCAGUCGUGUGAAGAGGAGCUUUACUUGCAGAGCGGUCCAACCUUGUGCUGCACGCUAGACAAUGUACCUCUCAUCAGUAAGUGUGGGACACUUCCACCCGAGAGCUGCUUCUUCAGCCUUAUCUGCAGCACCGGCUCAUUCAUGGUGAUGGUGAUCGUGCUGCUCCGAUAUGCUCACGUCAUUGAGAAGCACCAAAACUGUGUUCUCAACACGGCGGGUCUCUCCACAGGCUGGAUCUGUGCUGCUGGACUCAUCAUGGUGGGCAACUUCCAGGUGGAUAAUGCCAAAGUCCUCCACUAUGUCGGAGCGGGCGUUGCCUUCCCCACCAGUAUGCUGUUCGUGGGCCUGCAGUCGGCGCUGACCUACCGCCUGGCCAAGACGCAGGGGGAGUACAACGUGGCCCACCUCCGGCUCUGCAUGACCCUGCUGGCCUUCGUAGCCUUGGUGCUCAGUGGCGUGUUCUUCUGUCAGGAGAGCUUUGUCCUGCAGCACGCCUCAGCCAUCUUCGAAUGGCUGUUCUGCUCCAUCAUCAUGCUGUUCUACGGGACGUUCGCCUUCGAGUUUGCCAACUUGUCAGGGGACACCAUGGCGGUGCUGGUGAGAGGCGGGGCCCUGGGUGCUGCUGGGAGAGAACACAAGGUGGACGCACUGGGAGCCCACCAACCGGAAAACAUGUCCAUCCUGUAGCCUCAUCGACGCCUCCAGAUGUCACACAGAUGGCCUGUUCAUUCAUUUCAAACUCUUGGUUGUAGAAUGAGUUUAAUUAUUCAUUUCCAGCCGCGUUGUCUGGUGCGCUGAGGUGAACCAGGCCAGUGCAGCAGCCGCUCAUGGUAGAGUGGAUCCUACCCUGACGGCCCGUGGGGGUGCAGAUCUAUUGCCACGGUGGAGAGCUCCACUUGUAUUGAUGUGUCCUUAAAGAACUUGUUUGCAUUUUGCACAUUGCACAAGUGUGAAUCCAAAUUUUCAGUAUUUUAUCAAUCAUGAAAACGUGCUCUCCCUCCCCCGGCUGAGAUCCUGAAACCUGUCUCAAUGUGUGGCCUCGGAACAUUUCCUCUUCACCGCCGCGAUGCUAAAGGAGUGAAGGCUGCUGGACGGCCUGGCUGAUGGCGUUACAGUGGCGAGACGGAGUGAGAGAGAUGAUUGUGUAAUGGAGGAUACGGAUGGAGGUCACAUGAACAUAGUAAAUCCAGAGAGACAGUCCAACAGAGCCGUAUGUAGAUGUUUCAGUCCGUGGUCUGCAUUUUGCAGUCAUUUAAACCUGCAGUAAGCAAUAUGUUUGAUAUUAACAGAUCAAAUGAUUGUUAAAUCCAAGCAUCCUCCAGGAUAUCCAACCACCUGAGAAUUAACAUCCUGCUCCACAUAGAUUUUUGUGGCUUUUAUCCGACAGAAAGUUUGGAAAGCAGAAGACCUUUUUCUCUCGAGCUGAAUGAUUAUGAUGAAAAGGAAAGUGGAUAUCGCACUCGUAUUCUUCAGAUGCUGCUCUGUUUCUGCUGGAUGUAGAAGUAGCUAUAGAAGUUGACCAAAACAGCCAAAAAUCAACCCAUAACACAUUUAUAAUACACACGUCAAAGACCUCGUGUUUGAUCUUCAACUCCACAUCAAGCAAAGCGAACACUAUUUUCUAAGCAUCAGGGUCGGGAUGUUUUGGGUUGCGUGGCGUGUCAUCAUAUCACCUACAACAUGCAUACAAUAGAUCUGGUGCCUCAUUAAUGUAAACCUUUACGACUGAGUCUCAAUUCAGCACGUCAACCUGAAACCUCAAAUAGUUUUGAAUUCAACUCCCUCUCUGUAGAGUUUCUGCCAAAGAAUAGGAAAGGGAGAUGACACGGCGUCCAGAGGCUAAAUGCGUGCCAGCUAAUUCAAGCCAGAGCUCUGGCUUUAUUGAGUUUGGUGACGAGGCAUCAUACGUGGUUUCAGGUCUUGCGCUUGGAGGUCUGCAUGUAAUUACUCCCCCCCCCCCCCCCCCCAACCAGGAGGAGCAGACUGAGCUCUCACUGCCGAACAUUCUGACUUUCUCUCUGGAUCUCGGACAUCUCCAUAGUUGGAGUUUCUACAUUGGACCGACGAUUGAGUAAGAAGGAAGGAUUUGUAAUGAAACAAGCUCCAAGUGAGAUGAACUGUCCCGCUCACUGUACGUGCCAAAUAUCAGUCACCGGUGCUCAAACACAAAAGGCCUUAUCCUGUCACGUGUCCCAGAGUUCAGCUGUGAUGAUGAAGAGUGAAAGCAAUAAGACGGAGACGUGGGGUCAGUUUGUGGAGGAGUAAGAGACAGGAGGUUGAAUGAACGCCUGAGAGUGCCAGGAACUCAGAAGCAGAUAUUUAUCACAACAAGGAAAAUCCUUUUGAUAUCUGUAGUUUGGACUCAUGGUUUAGUAUCUUCACAUGUUGACUGCAUUCACUGACUUUCUAUAAAAGUGUUAUGUUUAUAUUUUGAAUUCUGUGUAACUUUAAACCAGUUUCCUAUUUCGGGUGAAAAACCAGAGCGAGCUGCUCAACAGUGACAGGCUUGUUAGUUUGCUCUUUAAAAAUACCGCUUCCUCUCACCACAACCAGCCACAUGUUGUGCAGAGGUUUUUGUCAGUGCCAGUAUUAUUUGAGUGCAAGUGCUCAACAGAAGCUUUCUUCAAAUGCAGUUUCUCAAUCUGUUACAGAGGGACUGAAAUAUAGUAAAUCACUCUGGGACUGAAUGUAUGAAACGUGCUGAGCUGGAGGAGCUUGUGCUCACUGCUCCCGUGGAAUAAGCUGAGGAUGAGGUCAGAACCCCAGUAGCUGAUCACCUGCUUCUCUCUGCUGGUCAAAGUGCUCAUUGCACAUGAGCUUGUGUUGGGGAUCACAGCUGUAAAGUCGUAUUUCAGCUUGUUUUCUACUUGAAAAAAGUUUGUGUCCACAGACGAGGGUGUUCGGUUGGUCAAAUCUGCUUCUGACCUCGUGUCCACACACUACUUCUACAAUAUGCAUUCUUCUAAAUAAAUCACAUGUUCAUAUUCAGUGCUCUUUUAAACGUUAAUAAGCCAACUGAUGGUGCUGCUGUUUCAAAAAAAACAUGUUAUCAUUAUGCAUACACUAAAAGCUACUUUACGGUUUGUGCAUGCUCUGUUCCAUUUAAAUAUUUUGCGUCAUCUCCUCGGCCUCCUCGUCGUUUCAUACCUGUCCUUUCAUUUCCUCCCCUCGUUUUCUGAUCUGUCUGAUCUUUGCACUCAGGAAAAUGUUACGACACCAGCUGCAUUGUUUGAUUCAAAGCAGAACCGACUGUUUGCUUCUGCCUCCCGCUGCCUUUUUGUUUUAAUGGAAACUGUUUCAUGUUGAAGAGGACUCGUUGUGUAUAUUUUUGCUUUUGUGUAGCGUAAGCGCAACUGCUUUUUUUUUUUUUUUUUUUUUUUUUUAUUUUUAACUGCUGCAGGAUUGAUGGUUGACUGGUAUGUAAUUGAUUUAUUUUUGUUAAUCAAAUACUCAGUAAAGCUUCAGAGGAGAAUCAACAUUCCUGAACAGUUAGCUUGUGAGGAGGUUUAUGCUGCUUCAUGCAGACGUGGUUAAAUAUCUGCAAAGAUAAACUAGCUUACUCUUGUGUUCAGUACAUGAUGUGUGAGAGCAUUCAAAGAAACUAACUAGCAUCGGUAAACCUGACAGAAACUCAAUACCCAGUUUCCUCAGUUAAACUGCAAAAUAUUCCCUAUGUGCCUUAUGUAUUAUUUUGAUAAUGAAACCAAAGAGGUUUAGGAUAUAUAAUUCUAUUUUGAUGAAAAGUCAUAUGAUUGUAUGUGUGAGUAUAAUAUCUAUAUAUGUAUAGAUAUAGAUGUAUGCCUUAAUGUUAGAAAAAAUAAAAAAUACAGCUAACAGCA